AUGACGUUUGAUGAUACUGAGGCUCUUCGAUGUUGUCAGUAUCUCGAGGAACUUUGUCUGCAGGGAAAACUUCUUACGCCACGUGAAAUUUCACUUAAAGAAUGCCUUCAGUCUAUCCCACGGGCGCCCACCAUGACAUCCUUCGAACACAGUGUUCGCGCACUCCGAAUUGAAGAUGCAUUUGAUGCAUUUGACAGUCUAACUGAGCUGGGAUUCCACAUGUGCGAUUUGCCGUUGCCGCCGAGAUAUUCAAAAAUGGUCCUUAUCAGCAUCGCUCUGAAGUGUGUUGAUCCAGUGCUUACUAUUGCCUGCAUUUUGGCCUACGAGGAUCCAUAGGCCUUUGAUUGUUUUUUUUUUCGACUGAAGCAUGGGAUAGUUAACAUGCAGACUGACAUUACAGUUCUGUUUUCCCCCUACUUUUUUAAAGUUCGUACUGUAUUUUGGCAAAAGGCCAGAUUCGAAGGCUGGGAGCAUAACUUUUGCAAGAAGAACUUUAUUUCAACUGCUGUGUUUGAAAUCGUAAUUAGUAACAGGACACAGCUACUCGGGCAACUUCGAGCUUCUGGUUUUGUGAAAGCCCGAGGCAGCGGUGAUAUUCGAGAUUUAAAUACAAAUUCGGAGAACUGGGCAGUAGUUAAGGCUGCCCUUGUCGCCGGGAUGUACGGAAAUCUGGCAAAAUUAAACCGUCAGACUGGCGAGUUUCUUCUUUUUGAUUCUUCUCUUGAUGUUUCUCUUGACCAGCAGGAAAAGACUACCUACAAGGCAAGGCCAAGCCCGCUUUCUGUCCUCGCUAACAACGGGGAAGGCAUUCCCUCAGACUUGAAGGUGCUACCAUCCGACUGGAUUGUUUUCGACAAAAUUAUUGGCCAGCGUCCGCCGUGUGAGGAUAUAUCCCGAACCAAUCUCGGGGUGGGCCAUGGUAAAUGCACAUCUGGCAAAGGAAGACAAAACGGCCACCAACUUCCUGGAAGACCAACAGUAACUCCCAAAGUUGUCCCACACUAUGAGCAGAAACUGCUGACCUGUGUCACAGUGAUUUCUCCCAUCACAGCUGCCAUCCUCUCAGGACCAGUCAGAACAAAGAUCACCUGCGUACCCAGUGGAGGCAAUGAAUUAUCAAGCUCAGGUAAUCGACUGAAUGGCGACCCAAAGGCCAGUUUCAGAAGUCCAGUUUUAGGAAGUGGACUCCAGAGUAUACUCCACCUUAUCAACUUCGACUGCCUACCAGACAGUGAUGACGAAGACAUCUCUAUUUCCGAAAGACUAGAAAGGGAGGAAAAGGUAUCCAUCAUAUCAAAGCAAAUAAGGCCUUAUCUGUUUCCUCAAGACAACGCUGUGGAAAAUAUCGAGAAAGCAGAUCAGUCAUCCUCCAGAUUGUCUUCUCGUUACCAGGCUCUUCAUCACGAAGGCGAUGGAACGAAACGAGUUACAGUGCAUUUGGAUGGUCCGAACGGGAUACUGACUUUUGACUGUGAACUCGAGGUCGCCAAAUUAAUUGUUGAUCUUCGUCAAAAGUGGAACUGCCUUUUGCUAAGGCGGUUGCGAAAUCCGAGUAAGCAGAGUCUACAGCAGGACGAGGUGAGUUUGCGUCGCAAAUUCUGGGGCUGUGGGGAAGUCUGA